AUGUCUUUAGUAAAUGUCCAUCCUCCUAAAACGUAUUUUGGUGCGGGAGACAUUCAAAAGUCAUUGGGUUCUCUUCCUGGAUUCCCAUGGGCAAAAUAUCCCGGAGAAAAACAUCUCCCAGGGCACAAUUAUACAGGUCCAGGCACUAGGUUAGAUCUGCGUUUAGACGAAAACGAUAAACCCAAACCAGGGGAAGAACCAGUCAAUAGAAUUGACGCAGCAGCGCUCAAACACGACAUACUGUACAGAAACAAAGACAUAACAUUCAGACACCAAGCAGACAAACAAAUGAUAGACGAACUCGAAAAUAUUCCUAAUCCCACUUUCAAAGAGAAAUUACAGAGGGCUCUUAUCAUAAAACUCUUGAAGGCAAAAUUGAAAUUGGGAAACGAUAACGAUGCUGUGAACAAGAAAUAUUUACUGGAUCAAAUAAACGCAAUUCAAAUAGAUAAGGACCAUGUUGAAAAUAGAAUAAAUGACGUGAAAAAAUACUUCAGACGAAAUAUUAAAAAUCUUGUGAACGAACCCAAACUACGACAAGAGUUAACGAGUUUGAAACGUCUUAUUCAAGUGGAUAAAACAUGUCAGUUGCAAAAUUUAAUAUCUAAAUUAGACGAUAAGAUUACGAAGGUAAAAAUAGACGUCCAACGUUUAAUAGACAACCCAAAUGUAAACGAGGAUAGAUUGAAACGAAAACUAACCGCUUUGGAAAGAAAACUUGGCGAAUUGCUAGCAGAACUAGACAAGACCGCGGACAAAACCGAGUUACAAAAUUCGAUAUCCAAUUUGAACGAAAAGAUCGCGAAAAAUCAGAUGUUCAAGAUAUAA